AUGUCUUCGUCACAAGAACUAGAGGUUACCCUCGAGACUCUGCCACAAAUCCUCCAAAAUGACACCAAGGUCAAGGUUGCUGGAGUUGAUGCCGAUGGCGUUCUGCGCGGAAAGCUCAUGUCCAAGAGCAAAUUCCUGUCCAUUGCAAAGUCCGGUUUCGGCUUCUGCUCCGUCGUCUUUGGUUGGGAUAUGCACGAUAUGACCUACUUCCAAGAGCUCAAGAUUAGCAACAAGGAAAACGGUUACAGAGAUCUCAUUGCCAUUCCAGACCUCAGCACCUAUAGGCGCAUUCCUUGGGAGGGCGAUAUCCCAUUCUUCCUCGUCAGCUUUUAUGACCCCGAUACUCAAGAGCCCGUCUGCGCUUGUCCUCGGGGCCUGCUCAAGACGCAACUGGACAAGUUCAAGGCCCAUGGCUACGAUGCCAUGGCUGGAGCCGAGUACGAAUUCUACCAGUUCAAGACACCGUCGACCGACUCGAGCGACGCGAAGCCUUCCACGGCCGCUUAUCUGCGCGACAACCCACCACACACUCUGCCUGCUCUGACCGAGGGUAUGUUUGGCUACAGUAUCACCCGUCCAGUCCAUAACAAGGAUUACUUUUACGAGAUAUUUGACUCUUGUGCCAAGUUCAAGUGUGACAUUGAAGGCUGGCAUACCGAGAGUGGUCCUGGAGUCUUUGAGGCUGCGCUGGAGUUUGGCCAGAUCAGCGACAUGGCUGACCGCGCCGGUCUGUUCAAAUAUGCCGUCAAGUCCAUUGGCACAAAGUACGGCAUCACCCCAUGCUUCAUGGCCAAGCCGAAGCAGGGACUCCCAGGCAACAGUGGCCACACUCACUUUUCCGUUGUCGACAAGGAUGGAAAGAACCUACUCGCACGGGAAACCAAGGACGAGAAUGCGCCUUGGCCAGAUGUCGCACACCUCAGUGAUUUGGGGCGUCAUUUCCUGGCUGGCCUCAUUGAUGGACUGCCUUAUAUUAUGCCUCUGCUGGCACCCACCAUCAACAGCUACAAGCGACUCGUGGAGAACUUUUGGGCUCCCGUGACUGUGUCCUGGGGUUUGGAGCACCGCGCUGCCUCCAUCCGUCUGAUCGCACCACCCACAUCAAAGCCUGGCGCAACGCGCUUCGAGAUUCGGGUACCGGGCGCUGACACCAACCCUCACUAUGUCAUGGCUGCCAUUCUGGGUCUCGGCUGGCGAGGUGUUGAGAAGAAGAUGGAGAUCAAGCUCCCACCUCUGGGUAAGGGAGAGGAUGUGGGCAGCGGCGCCGAUCAAGGCGAGAGGUUGGCAAAGAACCUCAAGGAUGCAGUCGACAAGUUCAUGGAGAAGGGCAGCAUUGCAAGAGAGGUCUUUGGUGAUGACUUUGUUGAGCACUUUGGUGGUACCCGCCGCCAUGAGAUCAGAUUGUGGGAUGAGGCUGUCACUGACUGGGAGAUGAAGCGAUACAUUGAGACUGUCUAA